AACGAAGCAGAAAGUCUAACAGGCAAUAUGGUCUAUUUUCUCAUGUUCCUCCUGCUGCUCUCGAUUCCUCUAUGCAAAACCGAUGACCAGCUGACACUGGGAAAGCCAAUCUUUCCCAGCGAGAUGCUCAUCUCCAAGGGCGGCAUCUUUGCCCUCGGCUUCUUCCCCCCGGCCAACUUCAGCAAUAGCCUCUAUGUUGGAGUCUGGUUCCACAACAUCCCCCAGCGCACCGUUGUGUGGGUUGCCAACCGCGACAACCCAAUCACCACCCCUUCGUCAGCGACCCUUGCCAUCACCAACAGCUCAGGCAUGGUGCUGUCGGACUCCCAAGGCCACAUUCUUUGGACAACCAAGAUCAGCGUCACCGGAGCCUCCGCCGUGCUGCUCGACACGGGGAACUUCGUUCUCCGGUUGCCAAACGGCACCGACAUAUGGCAAAGCUUCGAUCACCCGACUGAUACCAUCCUCGCAGGCAUGAUGUUCUUGAUGAGCUACAAGUCCGAGAUCAUCGGACGCCUCACUGCGUGGAGGAGCCAUGAUGACCCAUCCACUGGAGAUUUCUCCUUCAGCCUCGACCCCAGCUCGGACCUCCAGGGCAUGACCUGGAACGGGACCAAGCCAUACUGCCGUAACGGCGUCAGAACCAGCGUGACGGUGUCCGGCGCCCAGUAUCCGAGUAACAGCAGCUUAUUCAUGUAUCAAACACUCAUCGACUCAGGGAACAAGCUCUACUACUCAUACACUGUCUCCGACAGCUCCAUCUACACACGCCUCACACUUGACAGCACGGGCACGAUGAUGUUCCUGAGCUGGGACAACAGCUCGUCGUCAUGGAUGUUGAUCUUCCAGCGCCCCGCCGCCGGCAGCUGCGAGGUCUAUGGCUCGUGCGGCCCGUUUGGCUACUGCGACUUCACGGGGGCCGUCCCGGCGUGCCGGUGCCUCGAUGGGUUCGAGCCUGUAGAUCCCAGCAUCUCGCAAUCAGGAUGCCGGAGAAAGGAAGAGCUGAGAUGCGGAGAGGGCGGUCACCGCUUCGUGUCAUUGCCUGACAUGAAGGUCCCCGACAAGUUCUUGCAGAUCCGGAACAGGAGCUUCGACCAGUGCGCGGCCGAGUGCAGCAGCAACUGCUCUUGCAAGGCAUAUGCUUACGCCAACUUGAGCAGUGGCGGCACCAUGGCUGACCCGUCAAGAUGCUUGGUUUGGACAGGGGAGCUUGUCGACUCAGAGAAGAAGGCCAGCCUUGGUGAGAACCUGUACCUCCGCCUUGCUGAGCCUCCUGUUGGAAAGAAAAACAGGUUACUGAAGAUUGUUGUUCCGAUAACAGUAUGCAUGCUGCUACUCACAUGCAUAGUCCUUACCUGGAUAUGCAAGCACAGAGGGAAACAAAACAAGGAAAUCCAAAAGAGACUGAUGCUAGAAUAUCCGGGCACCUCCAAUGAACUUGGAGGUGAAAAUGUGAAAUUUCCAUUUAUUAGCUUUGGAGAUAUUGUGGCUGCAACAGAUAAUUUCUGUGAGUCCAAUCUACUUGGAAGGGGAGGCUUUGGCAAAGUUUACAAGGGAAUAUUGGAGGGAGGCACGGAAGUUGCUGUCAAAAGGCUUAAUGAGGGUUCUGGACAAGGCAUUGAAGAGUUUAGGAAUGAAGUGGUUCUAAUUGCAAAACUGCAGCACAGGAACCUAGUUAGACUUCUUGGUUGCUGCAUUCAUGAAGAUGAGAAGUUACUGAUCUAUGAAUACUUGCCUAACAAAAGCUUGGACGCCUUCCUUUUUGAUGCUACAAGAAAAUAUGUGCUUGAUUGGCCAACAAGGUUCAAAAUAAUCAAAGGGAUAGCAAAAGGGCUUCUUUAUCUUCACCAAGAUUCAAGACUGACAAUAAUUCAUAGAGAUCUCAAAGCAAGCAACAUCUUGUUGGACACAGAAAUGAACCCCAAAAUAUCAGACUUUGGUAUUGCAAGGAUUUUUCAUGGUAAUCAGCAGCAAGCAAACACCACUCGAGUUGUUGGAACAUAUGGUUACAUGUCUCCUGAAUAUGUGUUGGGUGGUGCCUUUUCGGUCAAGUCAGAUACAUACAGCUUUGGUGUUCUUCUUUUGGAGAUUGUCAGUGGCCUGAAAAUCAGUUCAUCUAAACUCACACCAAACUUUUUCAGCCUUACAGCCUAUGCAUGGAGAUUAUGGAAAGAUGGAAAUGCAACAGAAUUGUUGGACAAGUUUUUUGUUGACAGUUAUCCACUUCAUGAAGCUUUCAGGUGUAUUCACGUUGGGCUCUUGUGUGUUCAAGAUCAUCCGAAUGAUAGACCAUCGAUGUCAUCUGUUGUUUUUAUGUUAGAAAAUGAAAGCACGCUGCUUCCUGCACCAAAGCAGCCUGUGUAUUUUGAAAUGAAGAACCACGGAACACAAGAAGCGACAGAAGAAAGUGUGUACUCUGUGAAUACAAUGAGUACCACAACACUGGAGGGACGCUAGACUAAGAGGUCAAGCUUUACUAUACAUGAUUUCAGCAUAGAUAAUUCUAUGUUUUUACAAUUUAAUGCUUAUGAUAAUGAAUUUCAGUGAUGUGAUAUAUGACUUUAAAUCUUUAAUGGAAAACAGUGGAGUUUGCUGCGUGGU